GACUCAGAACGGGCAGAUACAAGGUGGCAAGAUAUCAUCACGUGAUAUCAGGCGACGACCUCGAAAACCCGUCGCUGCUGUUGCCUAUGUUUAUUUUAUCUGCCUUCCCAUGACCUGGAGCCUACACUAUCUUACGUACAAGACAAGGUGUCCCCAUUUUUAGACAUAUAGCAAACCACGUUCGCUUCCCAACAGCACUCGGAACCAACUUUUGAAUUCACCUCCCCCAACAUGUCAAACCCGGCACCACCCACGUUCCUUACCCUUCCAAUGGAAAUACGCCUCCAGAUUUAUGACUAUCUAUAUCGCCCAUGGCACUCCCCACCACCCCCAUCGGAGCGUUCCGGUAUCGCAUCCGUCUGCCAGCAAACUCGGCGAGAAACAUUUCCUUUCAUCCUCCGAGUCCCGCGAUACUUCGGGACUGCGGAGCGGCUUUGGGAAUGGGCCUUGCGGGGUGAUCAAAAGCACCUAGAUUUUAUCACUGAAAUGUCAGUAAUGGUUCUCGGAGACUCGCUAUCGAAGUUUUGGGCCCUCAGGCAUGCUCCAAGAGAUAUCAGAGACGAGACUGUGCCGUACAGUAGUGGAUGGUGGGAGGCGACGUAUUUGAAGCGAGUCCCCCCAGCAUAUAUCAAGCCUGUAUCAAUCUGGCGAUCAAUCAUCAAUACUAUAUCAAAACUUCUCAAGUCCAUAUGCACCCGGAACACCAACGAAGCCCCAAGAAGCGUGGUCGUAGCAACAUGGCAAGUCUUCAGUUCCCUUCCAAACCUCCAGAAACUCGCGAUCGCUUUCCAACACCCGCUCCGCUAUACAAUUGACGGUAGUUCAACUGCCUAUCCUGGCCCUGUAGACUCCGUUCACGAGCAAAACUUGAUCCUCGAAAUGAUCUCGAACGCCUGCCCGACCAUUCAUACCCUUGUAAUCUCCAACUCCUCCGAGCGCUUAAAUCUCUCGUAUCUCACCAAAUUCCACAAUCUCCGGCACCUUAACUUCAAUGGCAAGAUCAGCACUUCGCCGGAAGAUGCUCUCCAAAUUCUGAGAAGUUUGAAGAGCCUCAACACCAUUACGCUCGUGCGUCCUCCCUCGAGUAAGGUCAUGUGGCCGCCAUCCACCAUCUCCUCCAUCACACCCGACAUCAUCAGCAAGAUGAACCCUCUGAGAUCCCUCUCUCUAAUCUGCGACGAUAAAGAAGCGACAUGCCAGUUUUAUAGCGCCGAAAGAGCGGGAAACUUGGGGGCAUCCUUGGAUGAACGAGGUUCUUCUUCUUAAUAUGCGAGGGGCUCCUAAAUAGCUCUUAAAGUGGAACUUCUUUCCGGGUCGAGUUCGUUUUCAGUCUGCAGACGCGGGCGGCUGUACCUGUAGCUCGAGUGGAACAUUCGUUAAAGUUUUAAAGGGCUUCGGCGAGCCAGCCAGACCUGCUUUCAAGGACGGUUUUUAUUUCCCAUGAAUUCGUAAACUAGAAAAAGCAUCUAUAAUAUUUAAUAUUUAAUAUUUAAUCCUUUAUUGGAUAUUCUGUCAUUAUUUGAGCCUUUGGAAGUGUUGGUGACAAUCAAUCAUAAGC